UUUUAUUUAUGAGGUGGACGCUGAAGAAAGCGCCUAAGAUACAAGACACUCUGUACAUUGACAACAUCGCGCACUAAUACUUUUACCACUUCGGACACCAGCUUUGGAUUCCUUCGCUUCAUCCGUCAUGUCCGUGGCCUGAAGAGACUGUAAAGCAUGUGGCAAGAGGAGAUUGUAGGGCCUGUGGACUGAAGAGACUGUUGGGACCCCAUCCCUUUGCUAUUUCCCGGUAUCAUCCGAUCCGACGAUCGUCGUGAGAUCGUCCCUAAAUCAACACAACAACAACAAACCUUUGUUAUGCAGGUAUUCUGAGAAAGAAACCUAUCAUCCAAUAUCAUCCCAGACACCUGUGAUCAGUCCCUCAAAACAUUCGACAGGUAUACUGAUGAACAAACUACUGCUCCAUAUUUUCCAUGACACCAGUAAUCUCCUGUCCAACAAGAAGCAUCUGUUGAUGCCUUUGGAUAAUUCCUGAUUUUUAUAUACUGUUCUACUGACAGAAUUAUUAGGUGGACACCUUACUGUUAUUGCAACCUGUUCUACUGUUCAGGCAUUAGAAAGUUAUCAACUUUGCAGUUGUCAUGGACUACUUAGCAUAUAAAUUUACAUUCAAGCUCAUAAAAGUUUAAUAAAGAAAAAUAUUUGUUUUAGUAAAGUUUGCUCAAAGGGAUAAAAAGGAUAUCUGAAAAAAGAUAAACCUAUCUGUGCUCAUAGUUUCUGAAGCAUUUCAUCAUGGAAAUAAAUACUGUAUCACACACGAGAGUUCACACAGGAGAUAAAGCAAAUCAGUGUUCAGAGCAUCAGAAAUAUUUUACCACUAAAAGCCAUCUUGUUACACACACGAGAGGUCACACAGGAGAUAUACUGUAUCAGUGUUCAGAGUGUCCGAAAUAUUUUGCCACUAAAGGCUCCCUUGGUACACACAUGAGAGAUCACACAGGAGAUAAACAGUAUCAGUGUUCAGAGUGUCAGAAAUAUUUUGCCACUAAAGGCUCCCUUGGUACACACAUGAGAGGUCACACACCAGGUAUACUGUAUCAGUGUUCAGAGUGUCAGAAAUAUUUUACCAGAAAAAGCCAUCUUGUUACACACAUGAGAGUUCACACAGGAGAUAAACCGUAUCAGUGUUCAGAGUGUCAGAAAUAUUUUGCCGGUAAAAGCCAUCUUGUUACACACAUGAGAGUUCACACAGGAGAUAAACCAUAUCAGUGUUCAGAGUGUCAGAAAUAUUUUGCCAAUAAAGGCUCCCUUGGUACACACAUGAGAGGUCACACACCAGGUAUACUGUAUCAGUGUUCAGAGUGUCAGAAAUAUUUUGCCGGUAAAAGCCAUCUUGUAACACACAUGAGAGUUCACACAGGAGAUAAACCAUAUCAGUGUUCAGAGUGUCAGAAAUAUUUUGCCACUAAAAGCUCUCUUGUUAAACACAUGAGAGUUCAUACAGGAGAUAAACCGUAUCAGUGUUCAGAGUGUCAGAAAUAUUUUGCCAGUAAAAGCUAUCUUGUUAUACACAUGAGAGUUCACACAGGAGAUAAACCAUAUCAGUGUUCAGAGUGUCAGAAAUAUUUUGCCACUAAAAACUAUCUUGUUAUACACAUGAGAGUUCACACAGGAGAUAAACCGUAUCAGUGUUCAGAGUGUCAGAAAUAUUUUGCCAGUAAAAGCCAUCUUGUUAUACACAUGAGAGUUCACACAGGAGAUAAACCAUAUCAGUGUUCAGAGUGUCAGAAAUAUUUUGCCACUAGAAGCCAUCUUGUUAUACACAUGAGAGUUCACACAGGAGAUAAACCAUAUCAGUGUUCAGAGUGUCAGAAAUAUUUUGCCACUAAAAGCUAUCUUGUUAGACACAUGAUAGUUCACACAGGAGAUAAACCGUAUCAGUGUUCAGAGUGUCAGAAAUAUUUUAGCAGAAAAGACAACCUUGUAAAACACACAAAAAUUCAUAUCAAAUAUUAGACAUGUUAGUCAUGAGAGUCAGAAAUUUGUUAUGAAAAAACGACAUUAUGAAGCAAGUUCAUACUGGAGAUAAAUCAUAACAGUGCUCAGUGUGUGUAAACAGUUACACAUUGUGUAGAAAAAGACGCUCAUCCCAGCAAACAAUUUAAGGUUGCCACAACAUAUCUGGAAAGUAUUUGAAAGGAUUGGAAACGUUUGUUUUAUCGUAUCAGAUACUAUAUUUUGUGUGGAAUUAAAUAGGUUUCUAAAACUUAUAACCAAAACCUACGUUGUGACACCUUUACAAUCCUAACAUGAAUCAUUCAUAAUCCAUUCAUAUACCAAUAUGAAUCUCUUAUGAAAGCUUUGAGCCUAAUCUGAAACGUUUAAUUGUCCCAUAUUUGUGUUUAAAGUAAAAUUUCUUUAAAUUUAAUAUAUUAUUUCCAAUGUAAAUUUUAAAACAAAUUUAAGGUUAAAAAAAAUCAAAUAAUUUAUAUUUUUUAUUAUUACUAACA